AUGGCGCUCAGCUCUCAGCCUUGGCCUCCUUUAAUCUGGCUGUGCAUGGUAUUGGCUCUUUGCUUUCUGUCGCCCAUACAUAGCAAAGAAUGUCCUUGUUUGUGCGUGUGCGAAAUCCGCCCUUGGUUCACCCCCCAGUCAACCUACAAGGAGGCAACCACAGUGGACUGCAAUGAUUUAAGGCUCACACACAUCCCUACCAACCUGUCAGCAGAUACCCAGGUGUUACUGCUUCAAAGUAAUGCCAUCUCACACACCAGUGGAGAGCUGGAUACACUGUUCAACUUGACAGAGUUGGACCUAUCUCAGAACAACUUCAGCACUGUGGAAGCAGUGGGCCUCACAAACACGAACCACCUGACUACUCUGCAUCUAGAGGAGAACCAGAUCAGUCAGCUGCCAGACCACUGCCUGGGAAACCUCUCCAACCUCCAGGAGCUCUACAUAAAUCACAACCAGAUAAAUUCCAUCUCUCCUCGGGCAUUUGCAGGCUUGCGCAGCUUACUGCGCCUUCAUCUUAACUCCAACAGGCUCCAUGUCAUAGACAGUCGCUGGUUUGAAGAAACACCUAACCUUGAGAUCCUCAUGAUCGGGGAGAACCCAGUCAUUGGCCUGCUAGACAUGAACUUCAAGCCUCUAGGGAGCCUGAGGAGUCUGGUCCUGGCAGGCAUGGACCUCACUGAUGUGCCAGCGAAUGCAUUUGUAGGUUUGGAUAACCUGGAAAGCAUUUCUUUCUAUGACAACAAACUGGCCAGAAUCCCUCAACUAGCCCUUCAGAAAGUUCCCAAUCUGAAAUUCUUGGAUUUAAACAAAAAUCCAGUCCACAAAAUCCAGGAAGGAGACUUCAGGAACAUGCUACGUCUGAAGGAGUUGGGCAUCAAUAAUAUGAUGGAGUUAGUGUCUAUUGACCGUUACGCUCUUGACAACCUGCCAGAACUGACAAAGCUGGAGGCGACGAACAACCCUAAGCUGUCUUACAUCCACAGGUUGGCCUUUAGGGACAUGCCCUCCUUGGAGAGCCUGAUGCUCAACAAUAAUGCCCUCACUGCCCUUUACCAGCACACUGUGGAGGUGCUGCCUAAUCUGCGGGAGAUCAGUCUGCACAGCAACCCAUUGCGCUGUGAUUGUGUCAUUCAGUGGAUGAGUUCUAACAGGACCACAGUACGCUUCAUGGAGCCCCUGGCCAUGCUGUGCAACUCCCCAGUAGAACUCAGGGGCCAGCGGGUUAGAGAGCUAAGGCUGUUGGAGUCCCCAGAGCAGUGCCUCCCCCUCAUAUCCCAUGACACCUUCCCCAGCCACUUGAACCUUGAGCUGGGCAUGAGUGUCAGUCUUGACUGCAGGGCCAUGGCUGAGCCAGAGCCAGAGAUCUACUGGGUGACUCCACUUGGGACCAAAAUCACUAUAGACACUGUGUCAGAGCGGUACCACUUGAGCAGUGAGGGGACGCUGCGGCUGUCUCAUGUGCAGGUGGAAGAUUCUGGCCGUUAUACCUGUGUGGCUCAGAACACAGAGGGCGCUGACACACGUGUCGCCACCGUGCGUGUAAAUGGCACCCUUCUUGAUAGUGCCCAGGUGAUGAAAAUCUUUGUCAAGCAGACUGAGUCUCACUCCAUCCUGGUGUCUUGGAAGGUCAACUCAAAUGUUAUGUCAUCCAAUUUGAAGUGGGCCUCAGCCACCAUGAAGAUUGACAACCCACACAUCACCUAUACAGCUCGUGUCCCUGUUGACGUUCAUGAGUACAACCUCACACACCUUCAGCCUGCCACUGAGUAUGAGGUAUGCCUCACAGUCUCCAACGUCCACCUGCAGACCCACAAAUCUUGCGUUAAUGUGACAACACGUAGUGCCACAUUUGCCCUGGACCUGUCAGACCAGCACCCAAGUGCGGCUGUGCUUGCUGUCAUGGCGACCAUGCUGGCCUUCCUCAGUCUGGGCACUGUGGGUGUCUACAUGGCCCGCAGAUGGAAGAGAAAAAACUACCACCACUCUCUGAAGAAAUACAUGCUGAAGACCUCCUCCAUCCCCCUUAAUGAGCUUUACCCUCCACUCAUCAACCUGUGGGAGGCUGAUGGUGAGAAGGACAAAGAUGGCAGCACAGAGGGAAAGCCCUCUCCUGUUGACACCACACGUAGCUAUUACAUGUGGUGAGGAUUUAGUAAGGAGGCCUGGCUGCCUCUCCAGCAGCACAAAAAGACACACUUUUGCCAUUUUGGUGCAAAAGUUGAAUAAAGUUGCAAAUGUUUUUUUGUAUUCUCAGCUUUGCUAAUAAGAGGCAGAGUGAUCAAGGACAGGAUUUUUAUUAGUAUAGCGUAUCGCCUUUGUUUGAUUCUUUCUAUCUCUUAAUUGUUUUGGACUCUCCAAGAUGGCAGCUGUAUUUAGCCUCCAGGUUGUCUUAGUUGCUAUGCUCUGUUUCCUUGGUGCAUUUUUGACUCACUUUCUUUUGGGUUAAAAAUCCAGCAGAA